ACUGGUCUUACUACACCUGAGUAUUUUCAGUUUUUCCGCAACCGUUUAAUCAGCCGUAUCAAAUUUACUUUUUUUUUUAAUUUUUUUCCACUUUUGUCUCUCCGUUCAUUUUCUAUCCGUUACUAAUUAGACAAUUUGAGUGAAAAGUGCCGGUUUUUUUUUUUUUAUUUAAUUUUAUUUUAUUUUACAACAAAUAAUUAUACUAUUAUUUGAAUACUGCUACGAAUAGUGAUAUGAAUUUGUGAUAAUUAUUUUAAAAAAUCGCACUAUUGUUGGCUAAUGAAAAGAAUGUGGUUUAAACGAGUACUCAUUGUUUCGUUAUUCAUAUUCCAAGUGACAUCUUCAGAAGAAACUAAAAAUGAGGAGACUCCCACAACGAUGAAUAAUAAGAUACCUGGUGUUAUAUCUUUAGAAGAAGAAUACAAUGUAACUCAUCUCAAUGAUUUAUUAAUUCCUGCGGAAACUGUGUCGCCCGAAAGUUUAACACCAUCGUCUAUAAAUGAUAGUAACAGUAGUAUUAAUGACAAUUCAACGGCGUUGAAUACCACAGGAUCUUCUAACUUAACAGAAGCUAAUGCUGAAGGAUUAAAUGAAACAUCACCAGUUAAUGCAACAAGCGACGACACAACUUUAGCAAUUAAUGCAACGAAUGAAAAUAUGACAACACCAGUGAAUGCAACCGCACCGACAAUAUUAGCAAAUGCAUCAGAUGGGAAUUUAGAAACAGAAAUCGGCAAUACAACAGAAUCUUUGAAUACAACAAGCGACAAUUCGACAGCUCCAUCAAAUCUAAUAAACUCUACAAGUCUUGAUAACGAAACUGCACUAAAUUCUAUGUCAGCGACUCCUGAUGACAGCUCGAUAAAUAGUACUAGUAGCAGUAAUUCAACGGCUUCAGCAUUUUCUACAUCUGAAGCUAAUUCAACAGCAGGAAACUCGAGUACAAAUGCUAAUUCAACAGACGAAAAUACGAUUAAUCCUCUCGCUUCAAUAUUAGAGCAAACUUCUGAUGUUAUUCCAACGAUCGACCAUUAUACAGAUCUGAAUAAUGGUUCAAUGGUGGAAAAUACAACUCUUAUGUCAAAUGCAACAGAAGACAAUGCGACUUCAACUGAUAUUCCAACGGCAGAAAAUGUAACUUCUGAUGCUAACUCAACGGACAAUAAUGCAACACUUACGGAUAAUUCAACAGAAGUAAAUACAACUAUUGCCAAUAAUGUAACAACAGAUAAUAUAAUUCAUCCAGAAAAUGUAACGCUUGUAAAUGAAACUUCAGCGAAUAACCAAACAGCAGAAAAUCCAACGUCUGCUGAUAAUGUAACCGCUGGAAAUACGACAGAAGAAUAUCCAACUCUCGAUGCUAAUUCAACUCUUUCUGAUAGUCCAAUAACAGAAUCUACGCCUAAUAAUAUUACCUCAACAAUUAAAGAUACAGCACUCACUAAUACUAUUGCUGAUUCAAUGGCGGAACAUACAACUGAAAUCUCAAAUUCAACAAAAGACAAUGCGACUUCAACUGAUACUCCAACGGCAGACAAUAUAACUUCUGAUGCUAACUCAACGGACAAUAAUGCAACACUUGCGGAAACUUCAAUGGAAGUAAAUACAACCAUUAUCAAUAAUGUAACAACAGGAAAUAUAACACAUCCAGAAAAUUCAACAGAAGGAAACGGAACUCUUACCGAAAACCCAACACUAGCUAAUGCAACGUCUGUUGCUAACUCAAUGGAAAAUAAUGGAACAAUUGCGGAAGGUUCUCCAGAAGGAAACGAAACUACUACCGAAAACCCAACAGUAGCUAAUGCAACGUCUGUUGCUAACUCAACAGAAAAUAAUGCAACAAAUGCGGAAAGUUCAUCGAAAGGAAACGAAACUUCUGCCGAAAACCCAACAGUGAAUAAUACAACGGCUGUUGCUAAUUCAACGGAAAAUAAUGCAACAAUUUCGGAAAAUUCAACGGAAGUAAAUACAACCAUUAUCAAUAAUGUAACAACAGGAAAUAUAACACAUCCAGAAAAUUCAACAGAAGGAAAUGGAACUCGUACCGAAAACCCAACAGUAGCUAAUGCAACGUCUGUUGCUAACUCAACAGAAAAUAAUGCAACAAAUGCGGAAAGUUCAUCGGGAGGAAACGAAACUACUACCGAAAACCCAACAGUAGCUAAUGCAACGUCUGUUGCUAACUCAACAGAAAAUAAUGCAACAAAUGCGGAAAGUUCAUCGGGAGGAAACGAAACUAUGGCCGAAAACCCAACAGUAAAUAGUACAACGUCUGAUGCCAACUCAACGGAAAAUAAUGGAACAAUCGCAGAAAGUUUAUUGGAAGGAAACGAAACUUCUGCCGAAAACCCAACAGUAAAUAAUACAACGGCUGUUGCUAAUUCAACGGAAAAUAAUGCAACAAUUGCGGAAAAUUCAACGAAAGUAAAUACAACUAUUGUCAAUAAUGUAACAACAGAUAUUAUAACACAUCCAGAAAAUUUAACAGAAGGAAAUGAAACUUCAGCGAAUAACCAAACAGCAGAAAAUCCAACGUCUGUUGAUAAUGUAACCGCUGGAAAUACGACUGAAGAACAUCCAACUCUCGAUGCGAAUUCAACUCUUUCUGAUAGUCCAAUAACAGAAUCUACGCCUAAUAAUAUUAUCUCAACAAUUGAAGAUACAGCACUCACUAAUACAAUUGCUGAUUCAUUGGUGGAACACACAACUCUUAUGUCAAAUUCAACAGACGACAAUGUGACUUCAGCCGAUACUCCAGCGGCAGAAAAUACAACUUCUGAUGCUAACUCAACAGACAAAAAUGCAACAAUUACGGAAACUUCAACGGAAGUAAAUACAACUAUUGUCAAUAAUGUAACAACAGAAAAUAUAACACAUCCAGAAAAUUCAACAGAAGGAAAUGGAACUACUACCGAAAACCCAACAGUAGCUAAUGCAACGUCUGUUGCUAACUCAACAGAAAAUAAUGCAACAAAUGCGGAAAGUUCAUCGGGAGGAAACGAAACUACUACCGAAAACCCAACAGUAGCUAAUGCAACGUCUGUUGCUAACUCAACAGAAAAUAAUGCAACAAAUGCGGAAAGUUCAUCGGAAGGAAACGAAACUACUGCCGAAAACCCAACAGUAGCUAAUGCAACACUUCCGGAAAACUUAACAGACGAAAAUGCAACGGCUGCGAAUUAUCCAACAUUAGAAAACAUCACAAUUCCGGAAAAUGCAACAAAAGGAAAUACUACUGAUAAUCCAACAGCAGACACUAUAAUACAUGUGGAUAACGCAACAGGUAAAAAUGAAACUCUCGUUAAAGAUUUAAUGGGAGGAAAUACAACUUCUACUGAUAAUCCAGAAGAAGAUAUAACUCUUUCUGAUGAUCCGACAGUAGAAUCUACGUCUUCAAAUGUUGUUUCAACAAUUGAACAAACACUAUUUACUAAUGCAAUUGCUGGUUCAAUGGUGGAACAGACAACUCUCGAACCCGAUUUAGCAGAAGAAAAUUUAACUGUUAUCAACAAUACAAUAGUUAAUAAUAUAACAUCUGAUACAUCAGCGUUCGAAAACACAACUUCUGCUAAUAAUUCUACCGAAGGAAGUACAACUUCUGCUGAAAAUUUAACAGAAAACAACACGUCUUCUGCCGAAGAUCCAACAGUAGAAAAUACAACUCUUUCUGAUAACUUGACAGUAGAAAAUACAACACAUCCAGAAAACUUAACACAAGGAAAUGAAACUCUUGCGGAUAGUCCAGCAGCAGAAAAUGUAACUGUUGUUGAUGAGUUAACCGCUGGAAAUGCGACAUCUGCUGAUAACUCAACAGGAGACAAUGCAAGUUCCACUGAAAAUUUAGCAAGUUCUAGUGCUAACUCAACAGCUAAUGCAACUUCCACUGAUAAUUUAGCAAGUUCUAGUGCUAAUUCAGCAGCUAAUGCAACUUCCACUGAUAAUUUAGCAAGUUCUAGUGCUAAUUCAGCAGCUAAUGCAACUUCCACUGAUAAUUUAGCAAGUUCUAGUGCUAAUUCAGCAGCUAAUGCAACUUCCACUGAUAAUUUAGCAAGUUCUAGUGCUAAUUCAGCAGCUAAUGCAACUUCCACUGAUAAUUUAGCAAGUUCUAGUGCUAACUCAACAGCUAAUGCAACAGCAGAAGAUACAACUCUUACCGCUGAUUCAAUGAUAGAGCACAUAACUUCUAAAUCUAAUUUAACAGCAAAUCAGACAGAUCACAUUACUGACUCGACAGAAAAAACUCCAUCGGAACACGAUAAAACAGUAAUAAACCAUUUCGACUUAUCCGGAUUUACAAUGCAAUUUUUCCAAACACUUGCUGAUGAAUUAGCUGGUAUGAGCCUCUCUAAAAAUGAAACAGAUUCCCUUAGUGGAAAUGUCACAGCAUCAAAUUCUACUGCUCUUGAUAAUGAAACAAUUUCUGACAACUCUACAGCUGCAAACAUUACUUUAGAUACUAACAGUACAACAGUAGAACCAGGUUCAAACUCAACUGAAACUACUAUCGCCAAUUCGACUGCAAAUUCAGAUUCAACUACUCUAGCAACCGAUGUCAAUAACUCUACAGAAACUGGCGAAGACAAUUCAACUACAACAUUGCAACCGGGAGAUACAACUAUCGCUGAGAAUUCAACCGAUGAUUCAAAUUCUACCACUGAAGAAAUUUCUAUCGAUUCCACAACUUCAACAGACAAUUCUACUUCGGCUGAACCUCAAGAGUCAUCAAUUCUACCAGAUGUAUCUACUGAUCUUACAACUGAUUUAUUUACAGAAGUAACAACUUCAGUUCCAGAUCUAACGACUCCAGCUUCUGAUCAUCAUCUAAAAUAUACAUACACCAUUACGGAUUCGGAUGUGAAGAUUCCUUGCUUACUAUUGAGUGCGGCAAUGACUCUAGAAAUUCGUUAUGAAAUGAUGAAUCAUACCAUGGCUAAUGGAAGUUUAACGAUUCCAAAGACGGCACAAGUAAACGGAACUUGUAGUUUCACGGAUUCAAUUAUGAUACUAAGCUGGAAAGACGAAAAACAUUUAGAUUCUAAACUCGACGAGAGUGACCAAAUAGACUCGAAUACUGUUGUCUUAAAUUUCGUAAAUAAAGACGGCAAAGCUUAUCUUGAUAAUAUCGAAACAACUAUUUAUCUAGAUGACGUUAAUUUCCCUUACGCCUUGAAAAAAACUUUGAAAGAAAAGUCAGUUGAAAAUUUACAUUUGUUUGAAGCGAAAGCUUUAACCGAAUACUUAAUUUGUGAUGAACGUACGGAUGUUCAUACUGCAAAUGUUACGUUGACAAUGAAAAAUGUCGCCCUGAUAGCAUUCAAUUCCGAUGAAAAAUUAUCGUCCAGAAAAGCUCACGUUUGUGGAAAUGAAGUGACAAUGAAUGUAGGAGCUAUCGUUGGAGGAUUGACGGCUGCAAUUGUGAUAAUUUGUGUUAUUUUAUACUUUAUUUCUAAAAAAAGUAAAAAAACUAGCGCAAAUCUUCCAUAAAUAAUAUUAAUCAUUAGUUUAGAUGUUUUGUUGAUAAAUAUUAUACACUUAAUAAUUAAUUAAAUGUUAUAUAUAUUUAUAAUCUUACUUUAUAAUAAGUUACAUUUAGUUAUGAUAAUAAUUUAUAUAUGCCAUGUUGAAUAAGCCAAAGAAAAUUAUAUAGUGGCAAUAUUUGCUUUAUUGUAUGACAGUAUUUAUUAUUAAAAAA